GGUCCCCGGGCGGCGGGGCCUCCGAGCUGCGUCGGGAGCAGGCGCAGUCUCACGCUUCCCUCCGGAAGCCGGGGUUCGGCGCGGCAGGUACCCCAGUCCCUGGCAGUCCCCCGAGGCUCGCAGAGAGCCUCUGCGGAGCCCCGCCACGCGCAGGCAGGGUGGCCACUACCGUGGGCGUGGAUGUGCCCGACAAGAUGAAGAGCCGAAUCCCAGUGGUUCUCCUGGCCUGUGGCUCCUUCAAUCCCAUCACCAACAUGCACCUGCGCUUGUUUGAGGUGGCCAGAGACCACCUACACCAAACAGGACUGUACCAGGUGAUCGGCGGUAUCAUCUCCCCUGUCAACGACAACUACAGGAAGAAAGACCUCGUGGCUGCCCACCACCGGGUGGCCAUGGCCCGGCUAGCCCUGCAGACGUCCGACUGGGUCCGGGUGGACCCCUGGGAGAGUGAGCAGGUGCAGUGGAUGGAGACAGUGAAGGUGCUGAGGCAUCAUCACAGUGAACUGCUCAGAUCUCUGCCCCAAACGGAAGGCCCGGACCAUGGCAGGGUUGGCUCGACAGCCCGGACAGGCCCAGGUUGGACCCAUCGUCCCUGCGAAACCAGGCUGCUUUCCUUGAAGAUGGGCUCUCCCCCUCCUGACACCAAAGCGCACCCACAUUCUUUUCAAAUUUACUUUUCUAGGCGCUACUCUGCUUGGCCCUAUGGAAUUUGUUCUUUCUCCCCUUUAUUGCUAUUCAGACCGUAAGUCCUGCUUGUCUUCUCCCCUAAAGUAACUGUUAAAGAAUGUUUAUGUUGAAUGAAAAGUGGGCUUUUCAGUUUACCAAAAUAUAUCAGCGGCUUUAAAAAUGUUCACGUCCUUUGCUUGAUAGAUUCCCCUUCUAGGAAUCGGACUGUAGGAAGUAAUUAGAAAUUGGGACAAAGAUUUACGUAGAAAGAUGUUCAUCAGAGCAGUUUUUAUAAUGGCAGAAAAUAAAAGCAACCUCCAUGUUUGACUAUAAGGGAAUGUUUAAAUUAUGCUGUAUACACAGGAUGAACAAUUGACAAAAAGGUUUCUGGAGAAAGACUUAUGAGGUAAGUGGGAAAAAAUCAGGAUAUGAAAAAAAUCAGGAUAAGAAAGGCUUAUGAAGUGGGGAAAAAAUCAGGAUAUAUAUAUAAAAACAUGCAAAUAUACUUGCACAUCUAUCUGCAUGUCUAAAUCAAUGGAAAAAACAAAAUACACAAAAGUAUUGAUAGUUUUCAUGAGAAGCAGAAUUGUUUUCUACCUUAAGUACAUAUUAUCCAUAUAUUUUAUAAGCGACACAGAAUUCACAUUUGUAAUGGGGGUGGGGUGGGGACUAGAACAAUUAACCAAAGGAAGGUGGAUUCCCUCAGCAUAAAUCUGGCUUCUGAUGAGGUGGCUUGUGUGUUACUAGCGACAUAUUUGUGAAGGACCAUUUUGUGUGCUGUGGGUUUUAUUGUGUGCUCUUCUGUGGGACUACAGAUUACGGGCUGAGCUCAGCACUUUCCGGCAGCCAGAGCCCAGCUUUGCCCAGCAGUCCCAUGAUUUGUGGGUCUCCUUAGGCUGACCCCGUGCCGCAGACUGCCAAGUCCUGGGCUGCUCGGGUGUGACACCUUGGAUGGCUGAGGCCUCAGUCGGUCCUCUAACGGCCGGACGGUGUCUGUCUUUUGUGCAGGUGGUCCCUGGCCUUGGCUGAUGAGGCUGAGCACAGCUCGGCAACCUUCAGAGGAUUCCCUUUCCACACAACCAGAGCAAGCACCCCCCCCACCCCGAUUCCAUCUCGUGUCAGUUGUUCCUAGGUGGCCUUGUCUGCUUAACUUGGGCACCGCCCUUUGAUACCUAGCUUCAGCUCUGCUGUCCUGCUUACCCAGAAAUCCCACAACUCCCAAGUGUGUCUGCACGGCCAUGGCCAUACCCUGCACUGGGCCCCAGAUUCACACUGCAUUCCCUUUCCCUCGGUCACUCAGUUCCCACAACCUCCACGGGAGGCCAUCCCUAUCUGACAGCACAGGAAACCCGCCCAUCUGCUAGAACUCUCCCAGGCUUCCAGCAGAUCUGAAACCCCAACCCAGGGCUGACUGACCUCAGGGCUGGUGUUCUCGAUAUAAAGAGUCAGGGCACCUGGACAUCCUAAGAAAGGGGUACUGGAGGCACUUCUCUCACUUUGCACGUAAAUCUCUGCUUUGUCUGCUUUUCAAAGCCCAUGGCUGUUCCAAGAAAGCACACUGCCCCAGAAUGCCCACAGACAUCUGAUUUGUCACUACAUCGUGGUUAGGACGAAUCAAAUUGGCAGCCUUUAUUCAACACCUCAGACUUAUGGACUUUGGACCUGGACAGUCAGUCACUCAAUCUGAAGAGUCUGUAGCAGUGAUGUGAAUGGAUUGGAAAGAGAUAUGUAAGGGUCUCUGAGGCCUCCCCAGACUUCGAGUCUAAGGCACAUGUUGCCAGAAGAAAUGAUUACCCCACAGACAGGCCUUUGAUUUGGGGAAUGGGAAGGUGUGGGCACUUGUCCCCUGAAGGCAAGCGCUCAGGGUGAAUUGUAUUCCUGUCACUGUUAAUAAAUCAAACUGUGUGUAAUAUCAA